AUGUCUUCAUACUACCAGUACAACCAACCAACGGCCGCUGCGCCCUCCGUCUCCCACAACCACCACGGCGGCCGCAACCGGAGGGCUCCGCGCCUGUCCGUCUCCCAGAACUCCCACAGGCAGUUCCGCGGCGUGAGGAGCAUGAAGGAGCUCACCGAGUCGGUCGCCGUCUCCAGUUUCCGCACACAGUUCGAGACCAGCCGCUCGUUCGACCUCGAGGACGACAUGGAGUUCUGCCCCAAGCUGUUGACUGAGAGCGAUUUGGUUUCGAUCAGCAGCGCCUCGUCAGACCGGUCGUCUCUGUCCAGCAACUCGCCCAACCAGUCACCAACGCAACAUCCCCAGCAGGUUGCUUCAGCCUUCUCGCUCAACUCGGCGUCGCCGGCCUUCAUUCCUCCUCCGUACGGCGCCCAGCAGUCCACCCUCAAGCUGCACCAGCCUGCCGCCACUCGCACUCGCAACCCCAUCCCCAUCAUCAACCCUGCCAACGGCCUGAACAUGUCCAGCCCGCCUCCCUCCGUGUCUCCGAGCCGGAUGCAGCAGCCACUCGGCCGACGAUGGUAG